AUGAGAAAACGCCAUGUCCCCCUGAAUGCUCCUGGCAACACGGUGCUACCCCUUCAUCAAUCCCCAGCUGCUAGUAGUGCUACUGGUAGUACUAGUAGUAGUCCCAUGGGCCAUGUACCGGGUCAUGCUACCCCGCUGGUUCGUCGCAAGCGGAAACGAGGAGGUUCUUCUUCUUCUAAAAAGAGAGGAUAUUCCUUUUGUGGUGGACUCUGUCUAUUUUGCAUUUCCUUUCUCUUCAUGUUCUUUGCCGUUUUUGGCAUUCUCCAUCAUCAGAGUCCCGAAUUACGACGGCACGUCAAGAAACAUGUUCAAAAAUUACAACAAAAGGCCAAAACCGCUGCCAUUCAUAUUCAGAAUCGACAACCCGGAAAGAUUUUUCGAACCGAACAAAUGGGCGAACGAUUGUUUCAAAAAAUGCCACAUCCAGCUUCGACCAAGCAUUUGGUCACACAGACCAUGACGUGUCCCGAUGGACGACGGGGGAUUAUCAACGACGAUUACUGCGAUUGCGACGAUGGAAGUGAUGAACCGGGCACGUCCGCGUGUGCGCAUCGAAAAGUGCAGAAAGAAUCCUUUCGAUGCAAAGAUGGCAAGAAACUAUUGUUUGCGUCACGAGUCCAUGAUGGGAUUAAAGAUUGUGAUGAUGGAUCCGAUGAACCACACACAUUAUUAUUGUAA